UGCCUUGUUUGUUCACCGGACAUAUUCAGAGAAUUCAGUGCGUUCUUUUCACACCGGAGCUCUCUGUGAGUUCAAUACGUCGACUAGCGUCGCCUUUGCAAGGACAAGGGGACUAGUGAUAUACAUUAUACAUACACUGUAUAUCUAAAAGCUCAUAAGACAAUUCUUAAUAAGGCAAUCAGCAUGCUUCAAUCAGCCGGUAGAUUCCUGCUCUGCGCUUUUCUUGCUACAAUAAUUUCUCCAAUUGUAGCCGACUAUGUAAUUGAUGUGAAGUUUAUCAAGUUUGAAAAUUACAACCGUUUACUGGCUAAUGGACGCAAAUGUUCCAAUUUCGGAAGUCAACAAUGUCAAACGACUCUUCAUGUUUGUGCUAGACCUGAUGAUACUUCGACAUUGUGUCGUUAUGGUGAGACUAAAACAGGAGUUAUCGGUGAUAAUGUCAUUGAUCUAAAUAAGGUAUUUAUCGGUACAGCACGUAAUCCGAUCACGUACCUGAUUAGACAGCCGUUUCAGAAAUUCGUUGUUUCGUUUACUGCAAAAAGCAACAACGAAUUGAUAGCCGAUUACGUUUACCAAAGUGGUAGUCAUUUGCCUCAGAGAAGCGUCGAUGAAGCCAGGUAUGAACUGAUAACAACCCGUGGUAGUCAGAACCCUACUAGUCAACUGACAUACCAAAUUCGAAGUUAUUGCAGCCAAGGCUAUUAUGGUCCGAACUGUGCCAUCAGGUGUGAUAUUCCCACCAGCGAGCAAACGAGGUUUCAGUGUGAUGCUAACGGUCAAAAAGUCUGCAAGCCUGGUUUCUCUGGUCCAUUGUGUAAUAUUAAUGCUGAUCUAUGUCGCAGCUCUCCUUGUAAAAAUGAUGCGACCUGUGUCCCAAUGGGCUCUACGUUUAGAUGCAUCUGUAAACAGGGAUACACAGGACAAUAUUGUAAUAAAGGGAUCGACGAAUGCGGUCUGACGACGACUCCUUGUUUAAAUGGUGGUAUUUGCGUUGACGGAAUUAAUGGCUAUUCCUGCAGAUGUGCAUAUGGUUAUACGGGACCCAAAUGCGAGACUGUUCUUUCAGCAUGUUUGUCAGCACCUUGUAUGAACGGUGGUCAAUGUUCGAAUGCAGGUACAUCAUUUGUGUGCCAAUGUCUUCCUAACUUUUACGGUCCUCGUUGUCAAAUUGAAGAUAAAUGUCGCUCAGUGACUUGCCUAAAUGGUGGCCGAUGUACUACAACUAACUUUGUUGCGAAAUGUAAUUGCCCAUCUGGAUUUACUGGUCCACGAUGUGAAAAUCCCAUUAAUUCCUGUCAAUCUUCACCGUGUCAAAAUGGUGGAACAUGCUAUCCAAAUGGAGUUCAAUUCACUUGUCGUUGCCCUGUUGGACUCAGAGGACUACGAUGUGAACAACCAUUUUGCUCAGCAAAUAUCUGUCAAAAUGGUGGAACAUGUCAGCUUGUAAACAAUCAAGUUUCUUGCAUAUGUCUCAAUGGAUUUCAAGGUAAUAGAUGCCAGGUGCCGAUUCAGUGUUAUCCACCAUGUCAAAAUGGAGGAAUUUGUAACACUAACACAAGAAUGUGCAACUGCCCUCAUGGAUUCGUUGGCCCAGAUUGUUCAAGAAGAGAUGAUUGCGCGUUAAAUCCAAAUAUCUGUCAAAAUGGUGGAACAUGUCAGCUUGUAAACAAUCAAGUUUCUUGCAUAUGUCUCAAUGGAUUUCAAGGUAAUAGAUGCCAGGUGCCGAUUCAGUGUUAUCCACCAUGUCAAAAUGGAGGAAUUUGUAACACUAACACAAGAAUGUGCAACUGCCCUCAUGGAUUCGUUGGUCCAGAUUGUUCAAGGAGAGAUGAUUGCGCGUUAAAUCCAAAUAUCUGUCAAAAUGGUGGAACAUGUCAGCUUGUAAACAAUCAAGUUUCUUGCAUAUGUCUCAAUGGAUUUCAAGGUAAUAGAUGCCAGGUGCCGAUUCAGUGUUAUCCACCAUGUCAAAAUGGAGGAAUUUGUAACACUAACACAAGAAUGUGCAACUGCCCUCAUGGAUUCGUUGGUCCAGAUUGUUCAAGAAGAGAUGAUUGCGCGUUAAAUCCAAAUAUCUGUCAAAAUGGUGGAACAUGUCAGCUUGUAAACAAUCAAGUUUCUUGCAUAUGUCUCAAUGGAUUUCAAGGUAAUAGAUGCCAGGUGCCGAUUCAGUGUUAUCCACCAUGUCAAAAUGGAGGAAUUUGUAAUACUAACACAAGAAUGUGCAACUGCCGUCAUGGAUUCGUUGGUCCAGAUUGUUCAAGAAGAGAUGAUUGCGCGUUAAAUCCAAAUAUCUGUCAAAAUGGUGGAACAUGUCAGCUUGUAAACAAUCAAGUUUCUUGCAUAUGUCUCAAUGGAUUUCAAGGUGAUAGAUGCCAGGUGCCGAUUCAGUGUUAUCCACCAUGUCAAAAUGGAGGAAUUUGUAACACUAACACAAGAAUGUGCAACUGCCGUCAUGGAUUCGUUGGUCCAGAUUGUUCAAGAAGAGAUGAUUGCGCGUUAAAUCCAAAUAUCUGUCAAAAUGGUGGAAGAUGUCAGCUGGUAAACGAUCAAAUCACUUGCGCAUGUAUAAAUGGCUUUUAUGGAGAUAGGUGCCAGUUCCCAAGUCUGUGCUCUCCAAAAUGUCAAAAUGGAGGAACUUGUAAUGUAAACACAAGAAUAUGCGACUGUCCUCCCGGAUUUGGUGGUCGAGAUUGUUCGAGAAGAGAUCCUUGUGCUUCAAAGCCAUGUUUGAAUAAUGGCCAAUGUAUUGUACAAAAUGAUUUUGACUACAUUUGUGCGUGUCGCCAAGGAUGGAGUGGUAAAAACUGUGGGAGUACCACUACGCCUUGUUCGAAUAACCCCUGUUUGAACGGUGGACAGUGCUAUCCUAUGGGCAACAGCUUUACUUGUUAUUGUCCACAAGGCUGGACUGGACAGAGAUGCGGCAGUCAAACCAAUCCAUGCACUCCAAAUCCUUGCCAAAACAACGGCCAGUGUAGCAUGUUUGGACCAAAUGGAUUCACUUGCACUUGUGCUAGUGGAUGGUCUGGCAAGUUUUGUAACGAAAGUGGUUCAAUCUAUUGUCCGUCUCGCCAUUGUUCUAACGGAGGAACCUGCAUCCACACUGCCAACCAAUUACGUUGCCGAUGUCCAUUUGGCUUUAAAGGAAUCUACUGUGAAGUACCAGACCGCCAAGCAAGCUUCAACUGUUCUGAACCUACAGGUCUUUUCCCUGACCCACAAAGCUGUAGACAUUUUUAUCAGUGUGACUGGAAUAUUGCCCAGAAAAAGGAUUGCCCUGGAAACUUGCACUUCAACAAUGUCAAGAAAGUGUGUGAUUGGCCAUACAUUGCCAAAUGCAAUAUCGGACAAUAAACAAGCAAACAGAAUUUCCAUUAUUCUAACUAUUUUCCCUGCAAUAUGAGAACAUGAAGAAUCCAUUCCACCAUAUGGAAAUGUUAGUUUCAUUUUGCGCAUAUAUUAAUGAAUAUUCAUUUUCUACAGCAAUUAUUUUCUCUAUACACACACGUGCGCGAGCAUGUACACACACAUGCACACACACACACACACACACACACGUGUGUGUGUGUGUGUGCGUGUUAAUAUUUCUGUCUAAUUCAAAUGCAUUAUCCUGUGAUUAUAGAAUAAAAUAAUGUAUGCAUAAUUCUUUGUCAUAAUUCUUCUUGAAGCAUUUGCAACCAAAUCUAUGUACGACAUAUUCAACAAAUAAAACAACAGAACCUAUUUUAGAUUAGAUUAAUUAAUAUUGCUCUGAAAAUGAAAUAAACAAAUUACUAAGCUAAUUUUAA